UGAUGAUGGCUGAUACUAGUUCUCAGCCAGAACCGCCAGCACCUCGGGAAAUCAGUAGCGAAUUUAAGAAGCCUGUUUUGCCGGUGCCUCUGGCAGUGCGGAGUAAGGCUCCGGCCUCCAAUCCCUCAGUUCCUGAGGAUGUGAAGACGGAAUGCCCCACGGAGCUGCUGGACUCCGGAUGUGGGGAGCCCGAGGCCCCGCUGCCUCAGCCGGACCGCGGGGAGACUGGGAGUCCACCGGCGGAACAGCUCCGCUCCCCGCGGGUAGCUCCUGCUUCUGGCGGUCCGGCCCGGGCCCCCCCAUACCAAGAGCCAUCGUGGGGUAGCCCAACCACGGCCCCCUACAGUCUCGAAACCUUGAAAGGUGGCACCAUUCUUGGCACCCGCAACUUGAAAGGGAUGAGCUGCUGCCUUUUCGGGAGACUUGCUAGCUGUGACAUAAGCCUGGAGCAUCCUUCUGUGUCUCGGUACCAUGCGGUGCUACAGCACCGGGGGUCGGAUCCCGACGGAGAAUCUGAUGGGCAUGAGCAGGGCUUCUAUAUCUACGAUCUGGGAAGUACCCACGGCACUUUCCUCAACAAAACUCGCAUCCCACCCCGCACUUACUGUCGAGUCCACGUUGGGCACGUUUUUCGUUUUGGAGGCAGCACCAGGCUCUUUAUCCUUCAGGGACCAGAGGAAGACCGAGAGGCAGAAUCUGAGUUAACAGUAACACAGUUGAAGGAACUGCGCAAACAACAGCAGAUGUUAUUGGAGAAGAAGAUGCUAGGUGAAGAUUCCGAUGAAGAAGAGGAAGCAGAUACCACUGAAGGGAAGAGAAAUGCUAGUGGUCAAGAUGAUGAGAUGGGCUGCACGUGGGGAAUGGGAGAAGAUGCUGUAGAGGAUGAGGCUGAAGAGAACCCCAUUGCCUUGGAGUUUCAGCAGGACCGGGAAGCCUUUUAUAUAAAGGAUCCAAAGAAGGCUCUCCAAGGCUUCUUUGACCGAGAAGGAGAAGAAUUAGAAUAUGAAUUUGAUGAGCAGGGGCAUAGCACUUGGCUCUGCAGGGUGAGAUUACCUGUGGAUGAUUCAACUGGGAAACAGCUGGUGGCUGAGGCCAUUCACUCAGGGAAGAAAAAAGAAGCGAUGAUACAGUGCUCCCUGGAAGCUUGUCGGAUCCUUGAUACAUUGGGAUUGCUGCGGCAGGAAGCAGUAUCUCGGAAAAGGAAGGCCAAGAACUGGGAGGAUGAAGAUUUUUACGACAGUGAUGAUGACACAUUCCUCGAUCGGACUGGCCUGGUUGAGAAGAAGCGCCUGAACCGCAUGAAGAAGGCUGGGAAGAUUGACGAGAAGCCAGAAACAUUUGAAUCACUGGUUGCAAAGUUAAAUGAUGCUGAAAGAGAACUCUCUGAAAUUUCUGAGAGGCUCAAGGCCUCCAGCAAAGUUCUAUCAGAAUCAUCAUCUCAGGAUUCUUUAGAUGCAUUCAUGUCAGAAAUGAAAUCAGGGAGCACAUUAGAUGGUGUGUCCAGAAAGAAACUUCACCUGAGGACUUUUGAACUAAGGAAAGAACAACAGAGACUUAAAGGGUUGAUAAAACUGGUAAAGCCAGCAGAGAUCCCAGAACUUAAAAAGACUGAACUUCAGUCUACAAAUGCAGGAAACAAAGCUAAAAAACUUGCAUUGCCUCUCUUUGGUGCCAUGAAAGGAGGAAGCAAAUUCAAAUUAAAAACUGGAACAGUAGGGAAGUUGCCACCCAAGCGACCAGAACUCCCUCCAGCUUUAAUGAAAAUGAAGGAUGAGCCUGAAGUAGAAGAGGAGGAGGAAGAAGAGGAAGAAGAGGAGAAAGCAAAGGAGGAGCAUGAUGAGCAGAUGGAGGAUGGAAGCAUUCGGCUCCCUCAAGGGACAGAGCUGGAAGCAGCAGUGCAGGAUCCAAGUGCUCCCACAGAUCCCUCUUGCUCUAAGGAGACAAAAAGCCAUGAAAACAUAUCUCAACUCAGCCAAGUGGAACAGAGUAAAGAUUGUCAAGAGAUGGGCAAAAUAAUGUCAUGCGCUGAGGAUCCUUCAGUAGUACCAGAGAAUGAAUAUAAAAAAGUCAGACAUGAGUUGAAGAAAAAGAAAGCUGCUGGUCCAAGCAAACUUCCACCUAUACUUUCUUCCAAAUACCCUGAGGAUGACCCAGACUACUGUGUAUGGGUCCCACCUGAAGGUCAAAGUGGAGAUGGCAGAACCCAUCUUAAUGACAAGUAUGGUUAUUGAUUGGUUCAGAGUUCCAAAGGAAGACCUGUGGAUUGCAGCAUAUCUGGGAUGACGUAUUACACCAUGGCCAGCGAAGUUCAGAUGACCGUUUGUAAAAUCUGGUGACUGGCUUUUCUUCUGUAUUCCUGACUUCCUAAAAUUGCCUGCCCAUUGGAUUCUCUGAAUGUUGGUUUUUGUAUAUAAGUGUUUGUAUAUAUAUGUAAAAUAAGAGACAUGACCCUAUUAUAAAAUGAGAAGGUGAUGAUGAUUUCCCCAAUGUUGAUUUAAAGUCAUAGCUUCCAAUAUAACUAAGGUCUUGUGCUAGUUCCUCUGCACUCUGGGUGACUCCCCCAGUGAAACUGGAUUGUCUUUUGAUUCGGUGUUGGAUGCCAGAACUGCUGAUGCAAAACAUCUUUCAUCUCAAGGGGAAUAAUAGAUAGUUUAUUCUUAGUCAAAUGUAAGGGUCCAUGGCUAAGGAACAUGGGUUCAGGUUGCCCCCAGGGACAUGGAAGUGGCUGUUUGAGCUUUUAUUAGUACAAAACAAAAGGAGGUCAUAGCUCAGUGCAUAGACGAAAUACACUGGUGGAGACUGCAGGUGUGGGUUACAGUAAAGUGGGGAAGCUCCACUCUAAGUCUCAGACACUAUCCAAUAACGUUCUUCACUUCUGGGCUGGUAGAAGCUGGUGGUCUACCAACAAUAUAUUCCAAACAUUGGUUUGUCAGAGGAUAGAGGGUCAGACGCAGAGGUGACAAUCAGUGUCUGUUAAAGUGACCAAAAUAGCCUAUGAUAAUUUGUCUCUGAUUUUGCAGCAUCCUAACUUUUCACAGUCGCAGAGUUCUAAUAAGGCAGUCACUCAGCCUGGGAGAAUGUUCAAUGUGGGUAUAGCUUUUUUCCUGGGAACUUCCAAUAACACUUCUGUUGGCUAACCAUUACAUUUUGUUCAUGCGUAGGCUAAAUACUUUUUUAGCACCAUGAUCUAACCAACUGAGCCAACUGGCCAUUCCAAAUGUUGCUUUAUAUCUGUUUCAUGGUGCUAUCAGACCUGUUCUAGAGACCUGAUAAAGAUGAAUCUGAGCAGGCAGGAGGCACUCUUUGGAGAGAGAAAUAAUUGUAAAAACAAUUACUAAAAAGCCUGGGACAUAUUAGUAUUGUUAGCCAUCAUUGCCUGGGUCUUACUCUUCUCUCUUUUUUUUUUUUUAUCCUCUCCAUCUGAUGUUUAUGCAGAUAUGAUAGGAAUACUAGAUCUACAAUUAAAAUAAGAACAGAGAAUGACCUAAAGAAGCAAAGUUAAGUCAGGCAUAAUGCAGGCCAUUUAUCCCAGCCCUUGGGAGGCAGAGGCAAACAGAUCUUUGUGAGUUGGAGGACAGCCUGUUCUACAGACAUAGUGAGUUUCAAGACAGCCAGGGCUAUACAGACAGACCCUAUCUAAAAAACCAAGAAGAAGAAAUGGUAAGGUUGUAGAUGAGGGAAACAGGCAUUUUAACCCUCUAAAACCUCUCUACCAUACUAUUCUUCAGCCAGACGGGAUAUGAUUUCAUUUCUAGUUCAUGAGGUUUUAUCUAUCUAUCUAUCUAUCUAUCUAUCUAUCUAUCUAUCUAUCUAUCUAUCUAUCUAUCUGCAGAAUUUCUCUGUGUAGCCUUGGCUGUCCUGGAACUCACUUUGUAGACCAGGCUGGCCUCCAACUCAGAAAUCCACCUGUCUCUACCUCCUAAGGAGAGUAUUAGGACUAAAAAUGUACACCAACAUGUCCAGCCCACUUUCUAAAUUUCUGUAGCACAGGAGGUGGUUAGACAUGUCUAAUAGGAAACCUUUGAUUUGAUUUGGGUUUAGCUCCUAUUUAUUUAGUUAUUUGUUUUCUGUGAGUUCAAUGUGGAAAGGAUGCUUAUAUGUUACUUUGGCCAUUUUAUAGGAUGCCUAGCAAUUGCUUUAUGAGGAAAUAAUUGAUUUCUAAAAUGGUUUGAUCCCAAAUUAGGAGACCAUUGAAAUACUGUUUUGCAAAAGGAAACUAAAAGCUUUAGUUAAUUUUGAAACAGUUUUUUUUUUUUUUUAAGAUUUUAUUUAUGUAUGUGCAUGCUCUAUCUUCAUGUACACCUGCAUGACAGAAGAGGGCCCCCGAUCUCACUAUAGAUUGUGAGCCACCAUGUGCUUGCUGGGAAUUGAACUUAGGACCUCUGGAAGAGCAGCCCAAGCUCUUAACUGCUAAGCCAUCACUCCAGCCCCUUGAAACGGUUUUUUUUAUAAUGUCAUUUGUUUAACCAUCAAUGCAGAUGAUUAAAGUGUAAAAGGAACUUUUGUUUUCCUGGUUCAAUUGUGGUCUGGGAGGCUUACUGCCUCUGUCUGCUAACCUAGGCAUAGUCCUGAAAGCUUCCAUAUGAUCUAAUCUAGGCCUAGAAUGUUUUUAGCCUCUGAGACUUACUGUUAAUAAGCCCAUCAUCUCUUGUUCUUUCUGCAUUCUGUGCUGGCGGGUUCAACUCAGCUGUUCUGGCUCAAGCUCCUCUGCCCGCUGACUUAUUCAAUCUGGCUUCUCUCUCACCCUCUGAAUUGCUCUGCUUGCCCUCAAAGUAUCUCCAACAGUCUUUUCUAAUCUUCUGGCUCCCUUUCAUUCUCUGGCUCAUUAGGUCUUCACCUGUGUGUAGCUUGUUCUCUCUCAUUUAGCCUCUCUCUGUAACUGUCCUGGUAAAACUGCCCCUUAAGAAGCUUCCCUUUCCUCUAUCUUCCCUGUCAAAUCUAUUUUGUCAAAUCUUCCCUGAUUUGUCACUUUUUCUGUCACUCAAUUAGACAUCACUUUCAAACAGACUUUCAUACCUUUAUUGUUUGAGAUUAAAGGCAUGUACCAUCCAAGCUUUUCUUUACCUGAAACUUGCUUUAUAACAGGCUGGCCUUGAACUCAGAUCUGCUUGCCUCUGUCUCCUGGAUUAAAAGUCUGUUUGUAUUCCAGCCCGAUCACACAAACCUGGAAUGUUAUCUUAGGCCUUCGGAUGUGAUCUCUUUCCAGAAUAGCCAUGUUCUAAAUUAAAAUUCCUCUACCAAAUACAUGGGCCAAAUAGUUAAUAUUUGAUCAUUAGAUCGGUUCUACAGUUGCCAUGCAGUUUAUCAGGAACACCCCAGUAUGAGGUCUGCAAAGGACAGGCAGGAAGGAAGCAACGGCCUUCUAAAACAAAGGAGUUUUACACAAUGGCGUGGCUAAUAAGCAGGAUUGAUUCUUUCUCAUAGCAACUACCCUACUCCUGAGGCUGGCUUUCUGACUUAGUGGGGAAACACAGACUUACCGGCGAAGCAGUUACCAUUGCGGUGGAAGCAUUUGGAGGAAAUCUAAAGUUUCAGGUCCCUCAUUCAGUAAGGGAUGAAGCAUAAUGUCUUUGUUCUCUCAGCCUUUUUUCUUCUUAAGGCAAGGUCCCACUGAAUCCCUGACUGGCUGGAACUCAGAGACCUGCCUGCAUCUGCCCCCUGAGUGCUGGGAGCCAUGGGAUUAAAGGUGCAUUGUCCCAUCUGGCCUAAGCUUGUUUUGGAUCUUCUUUGUUUUCUUUUUAAAUUUAACACCUUAUUGUUCCAAAAAGUGAGAUGCUCUUACAUCAGAGCAUCAUUUAAUUUUCACCUAUGGAAGUUAAUAGUCUUUAAUUAUAGCAAACAUUUAUACAUAUUAUCAUUUAAGCUUUAUCUUGUACAAACCUCAUGACCUGGAAGACCUUUUGCAACAAACUUUCUGGUUUGGACGUUUCCUUCCCUUUUCUAUUUUAGGACAAUUCUUUCUUUUCAGGAAACAAAAAAAAUCUGUAUUUUAUAUUUUACAUCUAAAAAUCCUUUCUUAAAAAUAUUUUUUUCCAGUGGCGCACACCUGUGCAUUCGAGGCCAGCUUGGUCUACAAAGUGAAUUCGGGACAGCCAGUAAGGCUACACAGAGAAAAGAAACCCUGUCUUGAAAAGCCAAAAAAAAAAAAAGAAAGAAAGAAAGAAAAUCUUUAAAAAACCAUUUAUACCUUUCUCUCAUAUUUAAUGGUGGUUUUAUUUUUCUUAAAAAAUUUCUCAACUUAGGUAAUUUCCUUAUUAGGAAUAACUAUAUUUUAAUGAAAGCCCAGGAAGCUGUAUGUAUACAGAAAAAAAAGACAUUUUAUCCGAAAUAUCUAAUAAUAAUGACAAGCAAAAAUA